UGGUAACACUGGCAUCAGCUGAUUGAUAAGCUCCAGCAACAGCGAAACGAACUGGAUUAUUUCGUUUCAAUUUGUGUUUGUUUACUUUCGCUUUUUUUCAUUUUCCUUUAGUUUGAAAUAAUUUCUUAAGUUUUCAAAUAUGUUUCAAAUGUUACGGCGCUUAAUUCGUGUGUGCUCCAUCAGAGAUUAUACAACGAAUAUGGCUCAACCUACCUCAGUUCGGAUUGUGGAAGUAGGACCCCGGGAUGGGCUUCAAAAUGAACCCACUCUGUUGCCUGCAGAAACCAAAAUUGAACUUGUAAAUGCUUUGUCGGAGACCGGCCUGCGGUCUAUUGAAGUUACCAGCUUCGUAAGUUCUAAGUGGGUUCCGCAAAUGGGUGAUAACGCGGAGGUGUUCAAGGGGAUCAAUAAAUUACCCGGCAUCAGCUAUUCAGUUUUGACGCCUAACUUAAAAGGAUUUCAAGCUGCUUUAAAAGCUGGUGCUGAGGAAGUGGCUGUUUUCGGUGCAGCAUCCGAAAGUUUCACUAAGAAAAAUGUCAAUUGUUCAAUCGCCGAAAGUCUAUCUCGAUUCCAAGAUGUUAUGGAUGCAGCAAAGGAAGCUAACGUUAGAGUGAGAGGAUACGUCUCAACUGUUGUUGGGUGCCCUUAUGAGGGGAAAAUCAAACCAUCAGCCGUGGUUCGUGUAGUUGACAAAUUGUUGGAGAUGGGUUGCUAUGAAAUUUCCCUUGGCGACACUAUCGGAGUCGGAACACCAGGAAACUUCUCGGAAAUGCUGCGUGAAGUAACCAAAAUUGCACCAAUCAGCAUGCUAGCCGUUCACUGUCACGAUACGUAUGGUCAGGCUUUGCCUAACAUUUUGGCAUCGUUAGACUUUGGAGUGGCCGUGAUUGAUGCCUCGGUAUCGGGUCUCGGUGGAUGUCCCUACGCUCGAGGUGCGUCGGGAAAUGCGGCAACAGAAGAUGUGGUUUAUAUGUUGCACGGACUAGGAAUCGACACUGGUAUCGAUUUGGGGAAGCUUGUUAAUGUUGGAAAAUUUAUCUGCGAAAAACUUGGACGACAGUCAGAAUCGAAGGUUAACCGGGCCAUGAGAAAAACUAAUCCUUGUGCUGCAGGGUAAGCUGGUUUGAAAUAUUAGGAUGUUUCUACAAGUUGACUCAUGAUAUAUGUUGCAUUUACUAAACUAAGAUCACUGAAGUUCUUAAAAUAAUGAAUUUGAUGUAUUUUUUUGCAAAUAUAUUAUUUAAAAAGCCAUAUAUUUACCCAAUAAAGAUAUUUUUUAAAUUUGUA